AUGGCAAACACCAAGGAAGGCUGGGUGGAGGAACACAUGGGAGGCUCCAAGUGGGCCAAGUCGUACAUAGUGCUGCAAAGCAACUUUCUUAUCCUCUUCUCCAAACCUCCUGGUGGACUACACAAGCCCCGCACCAAGGUGGACGUGACGACCUGCUACGUGCUGCGCAAGGACGACUUCCGCCAGAACACGUUUGCCCUCAGCCCCAAGGACAAGAACAAGAAGGCCUACUUCUUCGCAGCGCCCGACCGACAAACGGCCGAGCAGUGGAUGGACGCCAUCAAGACCCAGCAGACGCCCAUCCCCACACCCUCCGCCACGGGACCGGCCGACAAUCCGUACAUGCCUCGCAAGACGUCCAAUGACGGGCCGGCGCACAACCCCUACAUGCCUCGCAAGGCCUCCUCGUCGUCCGAUGCUGCGGCGGCCUCGUCCAGUCCUUCUGCCCCUGCCGCCUCUCCCCUGCCCCACCGCCUCUCGUCUCCGCACUCGUCGCCUGCUGCCCACCACCACCAUCAGCAGCAGCAGCAGCAGCAGCAGCAGCAGCAGCAGCACACCUCUUCGUCUUCCUCCUCCACCUCUUCGGCUUCAUCUCCAUCUCCAUCGGUCGCCGCCGACUUCUCCACGCCGGCCCCUCAGUCGAUGUACCCUUCGCCGGUCAUGUCGUCCCACUCUGCGCCCAUGGCGGCCGUGCCCACCGUCGGCGGCGCUGGUGGCGGCGGCGGUUCCUCCUACUACGCGCCUCCACCUCCAGUGGGCGGCGGCUAUCACUCGGGUCCGGCCCCGUACGUCGGGGCUCCACCGCCUCACUCGCAGCCCAUGCCGGUCUACUACCAGCAGCAGCAGCAGCAGCACCCGUCGCCACCACCCCAGCAGCAGCACGCCUACUAUCAGCCGACAGCCCCGUACGCCCACCCGCUCCACCAGCAGCACCAGCUGCAGCCCGCCGUGGGCUACGGCGGUGUGCCGCCGGGCUCCUAUCACCACCAGGCGCCGCCGCACCCGCACUCGCUGGCGGCCUACCCGCAGCACCACUCGUCUCCCGCCCUCUUUGGGGUGUAUCAUCACCCGCCACCUGGUACACCUGCUGCUGCCGCGCCAGCCACCACAGCCUACUAUGCGGGAGCGCCAGGUCCUGCCUAUCCCACCCAGGCUGCCCCUCCCCACUACUGA